AUGAAACGAAUUUUGGCUACACUCCUCUGCAUACAGACAGUCUUUGCUGGAGACUUUGAUAGAUUUAAUUCGCUCUUUAAGGAUGCGUCGAUCAACAUCUCUGAUGACUUUACCUUGACACAGAAAGUCUUGUUGACAACCCUGAAGCUAUACAUAAGAAACAUCCGAUGCUAUAGUAUAUCAGUCGAGGACAUUUCCGUGAAACACGAUGAGAAAAGCAAGCAGCAGAUCGAUGUCUUGGUGGAUGUUUCCGAUCUCGAUCUUCGCUGUGACGUUGACUACCAAUACGAAUACGGAUUCUUACACGGAACCGGAGUUGCAGUCGUAUUGACGGACAACAACUCCUUCUCGUCGACGUUAACCUUUCAAUCCCAAAAUUUCGAUGAAUUUCCACCCGGUGAAUCAUCAGCUGCUGCUUGUAACGCAAAUAUUCAAAUCACAAGUAUCGACUUUGUCGGCGAUUUCAUUUCCAACGUUAUCGAAGUCGCUGAAGGUAUGAUCAAGGGCCUCAUCGAAGACGAAAUCGAAAAGGUGGCAUGUCAAGAGCUAGGCUCAUUAGGAACAUCAUUUGUUGGAGAUAUGCUGGGACUCGCUGGAGAUAUGCUAGAUCAAUACAAGGGUGACUUGGGUCCAUCCGUCAAUGAUCCACUGCACCUCGAGAAUACAUUGUCCCUGCCUGAAGGCUUUGCUGGUUUCAACCUACAAAACAGCGAUACCGUUGUUGGAAAAUUCUUCAACCAAGCCAUCCAACAAGCUGCGAACCUUUUGGGUGCGACGGUCCCGGAUCCCAGUGGUCCCAACGCUAGUCGACUCGAUUUGGCCAUUAAUGUGUUGAUGCGAUCCAACUUUUUGGAUGGAAACCGAGCGCUCUUUGUUGACAUGAGUAAGCUACCUAUGGAUGCGGUUCUCUUCAAAGGGCACGAUCAAAUUACGGAAACGACGAUUACUCUCAACUCGGUUCGAUUGCUUGGUCUCGAUACCUUGGACCGAUUCAACUCUUUGGAAACCAUCGGCAAGUACACCCUUCAGAAUUCCUUGAAUUGGAAGAGUCUGCGAGUGGAGUUUGAUGUCACGGUGGAUAUUCUACCAUCCACAAGAGAGGACGCCAUCCUUCAAGACUCUACUUCGAAAGGAAUCAGUGAAAGAAUCAGCAUCGAUUUUGGGGCCGACAACAUUGAAGUUAUCGCGUCGCUAUUGGCGGUCAUUGAUGAAGAGAAAUUGGGUUCUAUGGAAAUUGGUCCACUACUGACGCAAGACAACCUGUUGCCAUGUGCCCAAUCCCUUGUCCAUAAACUUGAGCUUUCUGGUAUGCAUGUCGAUCCACUUGUCAUGAGAGUGCCGACAUUGAACGGAUUUGUGUCACCUGGUCUUGACCGACUUGUCACCAGUUCGGUGGAAGCUGCCUUUGCCAUGUACAUGGGGGUUCUGCAAAAAGCCAUUCCAAACAUUUUCCAAACCAGUGUUCGCGACUUUAUCAACAAUGACCUUCUUUCCUCAAACAUUUUCUCGCAAAACGGAUCCCCAUGUCCUGAACCCAAGGAUGUCAGUGGAUUCGUUGACUUCCGAGAUCUAUUUCUGCAACCAUGGAUCGCAAAAAGUAAGGGUGGAAGUGGUACCAUGCCAUAUGGUGAUAUUGCCUACACCCUGAAGGGACUCCUUGACGAAGAACUCUUGGGAACUGAUGCAAAUGGACUACUCGAGCUGAACUCAUUCAUUCGACCAGCUACGGAGGCACAGUCUGGAACUGUUGGAACACUCAAUCUGCUGUCGGAUUCAGUGUCGGUUGUCAAGACGAAAUUUGCGAAUUCAUACAUUCAUUCUUUUGUGGACCGUUUUGAAGUUGGCCUUUCGGGUGUUCGCAUCAACAAUUUGGAUACGCUUGUACCACCUAUUCAGCUCCUUGAAACAACGACAUCACCACACACUCUGGAAAACAGCCUCAAUAUUGGUCCAGUCUCAAAUCGGCCACUUAAUUUGACUACAGGCUUUCGCUUUGUGGUAGAAGGAGAGAAUUCACCAUUGAGUAUGGCCCAUGACAUCGAGUUGGGAAUCUCCUUGACUUCGGCAAAAAUUGAGGCAGACAUCCUUGCCACAAUUGACGCGAAUGGCUUUCUUCACUUUCCUCUUCAAAACAUUUUGGUCCCAGAGUGCUGGUUGGCUCUGAUUCCAGCCCCAACCGCAGUAGGAUCUGGUGUUGGUGUUGGUUUGUCGGUCAAUGACGUUGUUAUGGCUUUUGAUACAUUUGACAUUGGAGUCAAUAUCAUUUCAACUACAAGCCUAGGAAUGGGUGCCUUUACAGACUUGCUUGAUAUCAUCAAGGAUUACCGAGGCCUCGAAAUCCUGAAAGAUCGCAUUGGUGGAUUCGUGGCGCAAAUCUUGGACGAAGACAACAUCCAAACGCAAAUUGAUCGAGCCUUGGUUGAUGCUCCAAGACUUUGUCCCCACAGUCCCCAGUAUGAAAGCGACUUCAAGGCUGAUGGAUCGACUUCUCUAACUUUCCCAAAUCUCACACCAGAAAUCGUUGACUCGCUGUUCUUUGCAGCUUCCUUUGUGGCUGAGAUUGGUUUUGUGGCAUUCUUGGAGGAUCAGUCUCUGAGAGAUUGGGGAACCACUUCAGCACUGUCAGCUCAAGAGAGAGUUGAAACACCAAACUCAUUGUUGAACUUGACCAAUACUGAGGGCAGCCUUGGAAAUCUUGUUGACUUGGCUCUAUCCGAAGCAAGCAGCUACCUUGGAGGUACCGUGGGAGAGUCUCGCGACGACCUUCGCGUCAACGAGUUGAUCAGAGACUGGGUCCUUGAUGGAGCAUCUGACUACACGAUUGAAUUUAAUGAAUCUUUUGAGCUUCCCGGUGUCAAGCUUGAGAUCAUUUCACUGACCUUUGCUGGAAUCGACUCUUUCACAAGCUUCUCUAUUUUGGACAUCAUUGGGCCCCAGACAAUUUUGAACACAAUGGACAUGAAAGAGCUGUCCUUGACGUUUGAAGUACGAGCUAUCGAUACGACGACAAGAGCUACCAUGCAAAACUUUAAGAUCUCUUUGGCCUUGGAGAACAUUAGAGCGGAAGUCCCGAUUUUUGUUGCAAUCAAUCGAGACGACUUGGCGUCGAUACCACUCAGCACACUCAUGCAAAUGGAAAACAUGUAUUCAUGCAUCCUCAGCAAGGUGCAAUCAAUUGAAAUGACACAAAUGAAUGUGACCUUUGAUGCUUUUAAGAGGCCGAAAAUUGAAGGUCUAUUGUCAGAUUCAAACAAGAUUCUCCAACAGUUCACUGAUGAGCUCCUAACGCGCUUUGGAAACACAAUCCAGUCAGCACUUCCAAUGGCAAUUGACCAUACCCUUCGUCCUCUGCUCAAUGGUUUGGCAGAAGUUUACCUGGAAGGAAUUGAAUGCAAGCAAAACCAGAUUGCUGAAAGUAUUUCAGGCUUCGUUGACUUUAGGAAGCUGUUCUUGCCCACAGCGACUGCUCGCUCAUACGGUGCUGCUGAAGAAUCGCAAUAUGGAGACCUCUUCCCUUGGCUGUUUGGAAUCUUUCAAGAUCUAGUUUCCGACGUUGAUGCGAACACUGGCCUUUCUGGAGUGAACAGGGGUAUCGUUUCGGGACUCCUCAAGUCCUAUUCUGGUUCCCCUACCAGUCUCAUUUAUCCUGGUGAUCUGUACAACGGCGGUUCUAGGGUUAGGGUAGGUGGUUUAGAUGCGACCAUCCAGCUCAAAGCGAGCGAAGCUCGCAUUGAGAACCUUGAUACAUUGGGAUCUCCAAUUUCUAUCCUUGAACCAGUUAUGGACGAACCUUAUGAGUUGAACAACACAGCUACUUUAGGCACCAGCGAUAGGCCACUGAGAUUUGCGAUGAGACUGUUGGUAUCGAUGAUCGGAGAUGAUAAGAUGCAAUUGAGUAAUGAUGUUGAGAUCAGCCUCGAUUUGAAUUCGGUCACUAUUGUAUUACAUGCAAUGUUGAAGAUGCUGGAGAGCCGACUAUUCAACUUCCCAUUAGGGGAUGCGCUCGAUUACAACUGUUGGUUAGCAACGAUCCCGGCGCCGAAACUCGAUUCAUAUGGACUCAGAGAUGAUGCAUCACUUCCUACUGCAGAGUUAAAGGAAAUCCUUGCUGCGGUUGCAAGCAUGAAUCUUAAUGUGUCGUGUGUCUCAUGUACAAGUCCAAGAAUGUCUGAGUUGUCUGGUUUGCUCUCGACAAAAGAGGCACAGGAUGACAUGACUGCGACUGCAAACGACAUUCUUUCAUAUGCCAAAGAGCUUGCGGACGAUGGCUUUAUGCAGAUUCAAAUUGACCGUCUCCUCAACGAUGCGGCAAGAGCAUGCCCACAUAGUCCGAGCUAUGAAGCAAAUGCUGACACCGUUGAGUACAAAUCUCUUGGUACAAAAUCACAUGAGUUUUCUAUCGCAUUCCUUCUAAUGCUGACAGCACUGGCAGGAUCAAUUAUCCUCGCUUUCUUUCUGCUCGCACUUGUCAUCAGGUGUUUUGUCCGUCGUCGUCAUAAUCGAUGGCUCAAAUCAUUGCCACCAAACCAAGUCAGCCGACUUGCCCGUGAUCAAGAUGAGGAAAAGCAAGAAGCAGCAAGAUUGAAUGCUUCAACAACACCCAUGUACAGGAGUUCUGAGAUCCCUCUAUUUGUUCGACUUGCAAUGCCUCUCAUCAUCAUUGGAAACAUUGGAUUCUUCAUGAGUGGACAUUUGAGUCUUGGAGCAACAGUCAACAUCGAGGGUGAACUUGCAGGACAGAAGAUAAGCGUUGGCAAUUUUUUUGAAUUCUCUAUGGCCAAGUCCACUGUCGACAUUUGGAAUGCAGGAGGCAAAGAGUUGGCUAUUCUGAUCUUGGUUUUCUCUGGUAUCUGGCCAUACACAAAGCAACUUAUCACAUUGGUUUUGUGGUUUUUGCCUCCAUCACGAUGCUCCGUUGCUCGGCGGGAAUCCAUCUUUUUGUGGCUAGAUUGUCUUGGAAAGUGGUCGAUGAUUGAUAUUUUUGUCCUUGUGAUCAGUAUCGCAGCAUUCAGAAUUUCUAUCGCAAGUCCAAGUGUCGGUUUCCUUCCCAAAGAGUUCUACUCGCUUGAUUUGUUGGUUGUCCCCCUCUGGGGUCUUUACGCCAACAUGAUUGCCCAAUUGAUCUCGCAGGUCAGCUCGCACUACAUCAUUCAUUAUCACCGACAGAUUGUAAAGGCAGCCGAAUCCAGAAUCGAACAAGAAGAAGCACCCCUGAAGAUCAAUGCCACUUGUUCCACUGAUGAUGAUUCUGCAACAGGUUAUCCAAAGGAAGUGAACAAGAUUGCGCCACAUCAACACCGCUUUGGUCGCCCUCACCGAGGCGAAACAGACAAGUUGGUCGUCAAGCCAUGGGUCAACAAAGCGCUCCUCUUCUGCAGCAUUUGCCUCUUCGCUACUGUUGCCUACGGCAGUGUUGCAACAUCCUUCUCUCUUGAAAUUCUUGGAAUCAUUGGAGUUGCCGUCGAAUCAGGACAGAACUUUGCCGAUGCCAAGACUCCACACAGCGUCUUGACGGUUGUGCAGUUGCUUUUUGAAGAAGCUAGCUUUUUGGACACUGCGAGUGAUUACAUUGGACUUGGGACAUUGUCCCUUCUGUUUGUCUUCACAGUGCUUGUUGUUCCACUUCUUCAAUCACUUGCCUUGCUACGACAAUGGUACAAGCCAUCUACUGGAGAUGAGAAAGUCAAGAUGUCGAUCAUCAUUGAGAUUCUUCAAGCAUGGCAGUAUGCCGAGGUCUACCUUAUCGCUAUUUUUGUUGCCAGCUGGCAACUUGGACCUAUCUCCGAAUUCAUGAUCAAUUCAUAUUGUGAAUCGCUAAAGGAAAGCUUGGGAGAGCUAGUGUACUACGGUAUACUGAAAGCCGAAGAUGCACAAUGUUUCAGUGUCGAGUCUACAAUUGAAGGAGGAUCUUAUAUUCUGGCCCUCGGUGCCGUUUUGCUUGCCAUUACGACAUCAUUUGUCAACAAAGCCAUCAUUCAAUACUUCCGCGACGUCAAGAAGGAAGAAAACAUUCAAAAGGGAGAUGCUUGGGAAUCUGACAGCGACGCCGAAAGUGGCGAACUCAAGGCCCCCAAAAGCCGAAUCCAGCCUGUCCCAGUUCUUUUCACCGACUCCUUCCGCUGGCUAAUGAUGCGGGAUGACCAUCGCGGUUGCAGCAACAGCUUUGUUUCGGCAUUUGGAAAAUUCAGCACGUCUUCUACUAGAGACGGGUCAUCCGCCGCACCAGAGACUUCUCCCAUGAUGGAAAAUGUGGAAGGUGCCAAUGACCAACAACAACAAGUUUCAGUGGAACAUUUCGAAGACGAAUCGGGAUGGUCCUCUGCGGACGAGGAGUCCACCCAAAAUGCCACACCAUAG